ACGGUGAAAUGGCGGAGACCACAGACAGAAUGGAGGUCACCCAGGGAGAGAGCUCGGAGAAGCCUGCUGCUGAAGACAUGACAUCCAAGGACUAUUACUUCGAUUCUUAUGCUCACUUCGGGAUCCAUGAGGAGAUGCUUAAGGAUGAAGUACGUACCCUCACAUACAGAAACUCCAUGUUCCACAACAAGCAUCUGUUCAAGGAUAAGAUAGUGCUGGAUGUGGGAAGCGGGACGGGGAUCCUGUGCAUGUUUGCUGCCAAGGCCGGUGCCAAGAAAGUCAUCGGAAUUGAGUGCAGCAGCAUAUCAGACUACGCUGUUAAGAUCGUCAAGGCCAACAAGCUUGAUCACAUUGUGACCAUUAUUAAAGGAAAGGUGGAGGAGGUGGAUCUUCCAGUGGAUCAUGUCGACAUCAUUAUCUCUGAGUGGAUGGGCUACUGUCUCUUCUACGAAUCUAUGCUCAAUACGGUCAUUUAUGCCAGGGACAAGUGGCUGAAACCUGACGGGCUCAUCUUCCCUGACCGAGCGACUCUGUACGUUACAGCUAUCGAGGAUCGUCAGUACAAGGAUUACAAAAUCCACUGGUGGGAGAACGUGUACGGCUUUGACAUGUCCUGCAUUAAGGAGGUGGCUAUUAAGGAACCACUGGUGGAUGUUGUAGACCCUAAGCAGCUUGUCUCCAGUUCCUGCCUCAUUAAGGAGGUGGACAUUUACACGGUGAAGAUCGAGGACCUGUCCUUCACCUCGCCCUUCUGCCUGCAGGUGAAGAGGAACGAUUACAUUCAUGCUCUGGUGACCUAUUUUAACAUCGAGUUUACACGCUGCCACAAGCGGACCGGCUUCUCUACCAGCCCAGAGUCUCCGUACACCCACUGGAAGCAGACCGUGUUUUAUCUCGACGACUACCUGACCGUAAAGACGGGAGAGGAGAUCUUUGGCACCAUCAGCAUGAAACCCAACGUCAAGAACAAUAGAGACCUGGACUUCAUCGUAGACAUCGACUUCAAGGGUCAACUGUGUGAGAUGUCCAAGACGUCGGAGUACAGGAUGCGCUAGAUCUCAACCAUUAGUGUGUGUGUGUGUGUCUGGGGCGACUUCUGAGAGAGAUCAGUGCAUGUUUAGUGUGUGACCAUCAAUUUUAGAACUCCUGGGUUAACGGAGUUGACAUUUCGGCUUUUAUACGGACACAAGUUUGUAUACAAUGAUACGCCAGAGCUUGGAGACCGGGUGUGGCAUUUUAUUGUGCACUCAUCUAACGUUUAUCUUGUUUUUGUUUUUUUAAGCUGUAUUGGAAUUAGUUGUUUAGUUUUUGCCUAACAGGAAACACCUGCUGAUCUGCACUGGUUCUCUCUCGCCUGUACAUAGUGUUCGUGUUCAGCCACAUUCACCUGUUGUGCAGUCAUGAAUCCUGUCGAGGCCACACGUCUGUCCCGUUUUAAUAACCUUUAGUUUCGAGAAAGUAAGAAGAGCCUCCUGUGACUGCUUUGUUGCCCCCAUUUAUCAGCACGUGUCUGUUUAUGGGCGAACACAAGUCUGUCAUUGGUGUAUUAUUGAGAUUCCAUUUAAUAGUCCGUCAUCAUGUGUGUCCAGUCUUGUAAUGAUUUCAGACUGCAGUCCGAGUCUGGCCGGGUGAUUGGCAGAAUAGACCCGCUUUACCGUUCAUGUUGUGUAAUGUACUGGAGUGGUUUGAUUGGUUUUGGCAGAAGACUGAGCUGUUAACAGUUCUGAUCUGUUGUCUGACGCUCCAGUCAGAACGUUGAUCAGAACCUUUGAAUUGUGGGAUGACCUGCAGUCAUUUCAUUGAAUUUGGCUCCUUUUGCAAAAUCAGAAUCAGCUGUUUGUGCCGUCAGCACUUAAGCUUUGUCAGUAGUUUGUGCAGAGUCCUCAGAGUUCGACACUGACCCGUCAUGUGAAGUUGCUCAUUUUUUCCAUCUUAAGUUUAAUGCACAAAACUCAGUGUUAAAUGUUUGCUAAGUUUAUCUCUGUCCAGGAUUGAGCUUAGCAUCUGUAACACCUGUCUUUUGUUACGAUCUGUAGAAUAACGGGAAUUCCUGAUGUCUUGAGGUUAACGGUUUGUGUUCAUCACUGGUCUGGGCUACAACUGACUAGAAUUGUCCAUUAGUAUGUGUUCAAGUUUUCUGCUUUUUAUAAUAAAACAAUAAAAUUUGGAGAACUAUC